CCAGCCCCGGGCGCCUGUGCCUGUGCCCGCGCCGGCCCCUCUUUCUCUUUCUCCCUUGCGCCCCGGGCUGCCCGGCUAAUCGCCCCGGAGCCAUGCUGUGCUGCCUCUUACAGCGGGCCAUCAACCUCCCCAGUGUGGAGAAGAAGGACCGGCACAGCGAUCCCGUGGCUAGCUUGACUUUCCGAGGGGUGAAGAAGCGAACCAAGGUCGUCAAGAACAAUGUGAAUCCUGUAUGGAAUGAGGGAUUUGAAUGGGAUUUGAAAGGCAUUCCCUUGGACCAUAGCUCUGAGGUGCACGUGGUGGUGAAAGACCAUGAGACAGUGGGAAGAAACAGGUUCCUGGGAGAAGCUCGAAUCUCUCUCCGGGAUGUCCUGGCCACUCCGAGUCUGGCUGCCAGCUUCAAUGUCCACCUUCUCGACACCAAGAAACAGCCGACAGGGGCAACUCUGGUGCUGCAGGCAUCUUACAUCCCUCCUCCCGGAGCUGCACCCCUGUUCCCGUCCCCUCCACCGCGGGACACCUCACCUACCCUGACUGAGAUGGACUCCGGGGCUGGUGUGGGACAGAGCCAUGAGGAGACAUGGUCCCUGCUGAGUGAAAGCACCGUCGACACCAGAUACUCAGGGAGGAAGUGGCCAGCCCCCGUGGGGGGAGAGGAAGACCCAGAAGACCAGGGUCUCACUGGAGAUGAGACAGAGCCGUCUCAGGACAAGAGUGCUUCCCCCAGGCCUGGGGCACCCGCAGCCCAGAAGAAGCUUUCCCCGCACCCAGCACCGCAUCAUCCAGGGGUCAAGAGGAAGAGAGGCACCUCCAAGAAGCUGUUGUCGGACAAGCCUCAGGACUUCCAGAUCAGGGUCCAGGUGAUAGAGGGACGCCAGUUACCUGGGGUGAACAUCCGGCCGGUGGUCAAGGUCAUGGCUUCUGGUCAGACCAAGAGGACGAGAAUCCGAAAAGGAAACAGUCCAGUCUUUGAUGAGACCCUUUUCUUCAAUGUCUUUGAUUCUCCAUUGGAGCUGUUUGAUGAAAUCAUCGGUAUCACAGUAGUUGAUUCUCGAUCACUCAGGACAGAUGCUCUUAUUGGGGAGUUUCGGAUGGACAUCGGAUCAGUUUAUGCAGAGCCUAGACAUGCCUAUCUCAGGAAGUGGUUGCUGCUUUCAGACCCUGAUGACUUCGCAGCUGGGGCCAAAGGUUACUUAAAAGUCAGCGUUUUUGUGCUGGGUCCGGGAGAUGAAACCCCUAUAGAAAAGAAAGAGCCCAUGGAAGACAAGGAGGACGUCGAGGGAAAUCUCCUCCGUCCCACUGGCUUGGCCCUGCGUGGGGCUCAUUUUUGUCUGAAGGUCUUCCGGGCUGAAGAUCUGCCCCAGAUGGAUGAUGCUGUGAUGGACAACGUGAAGCAGAUAUUUGGGUUUGAAAGCAACAAGAAGAAUCUGGUUGACCCCUUUGUGGAAGUCAGCUUUGCAGGAAGGAUGCUCUGCAGUAAGAUUUUGGAGAAGACAGCCAAUCCUCAAUGGAACCAAACUAUCACACUGCCAGCCAUGUUUCCCUCAAUGUGUGACAAGAUGAAGAUUCGGGUCAUGGAUUGGGAUCGCCUCACUCAUAAUGACAUCGUGGGCACCGCUCACCUGUGUAUGUCGAAAGUAUCGGCAAGUGGAGGAGAAAUAGAAGUUGACGAUGGCCUGGGUUUCCUUCCCACUUUUGGACCCUGCUACGUGAACCUUUACGGCAGUCCCAGGGAAUACACUGGCUUUCCUGACCCCUAUGAGGAACUCAACCUAGGCAAGGGGGAAGGUGUGGCCUAUCGUGGCCGGGUGCUGGUGUCCCUGGAGACAAAGCUGGUGGAACACACAGAACAGCGGGUGGACGACAUUCAUGCAGAUGACAUCUUCCGGGUGGAGAAGUAUCUUAGGAGGCGGAAGUACUCCUUGUUUGCCACCUUCUACUCGGCCACCAUGCUUCAGGACGUCGAUGACGCCAUACAGUUUGAGGUCAGCAUUGGUAAUUAUGGGAACAAGUUUGACACCAGCUGCCUCCCGCUGGCCUCCACCACCCAGUACAGCCGGGCUGUCUUUGAUGGGUGUCACUACUACUAUUUGCCUUGGGGCAAUGUGAAGCCUGUGGUUGUGCUCUCCUCCUACUGGGAGGAUAUCAGCCACCGGACAGACACGCAGAACCAGCUGCUGAGCAUUGCGGACCAACUGGAAGCCGGCCUGAAUAAGAUCCACGUAGCCCUCAAGGCUCAGUUCUCAGCAGAAGACCUUGAUGGCCUGGUGGCUGAGGUGAUUGACAACCUCAUCUCCGACUGCAGUCAGCCUCUGGUGGACGUCAGGGAGAAGCCUUCAGCCACGCACCUGGACCACUACCUGUACCGCCUUCGGACCAGCAACCUGACCCAGAUCAUGCACGCUGCCCUCGAGCUAAAGCACGCCAGCGCCCGCGACGAUCUGACCGUCGCCCUGGAGCAGGCGGAAGACUGGCUUCUGCGGCUCCGGGCCCUGGCCGAUGAGCCUCAGAACAGCCUGCCCGACAUAGUGAUCUGGAUGCUUCAGGGUGACAAGCGCAUGGCUUACCACCGCGUGCCAGCCCACGAGAUCCUCUUCUCUCGGAGUGGGGCCAAGUGCUGUGGCAAGAACUGUGGGAAACUGCAGACGAUUUUUCUGAAAUACCCGAUGGAGGGAGUGAAGGGGUCCAAGAUGCCAGCCCAGAUCCGGGUCCAGCUCUGGUUCGGUCUCUCGGUGGACGGGAAGGAGCUUAACAAGUUUGCUGAGGGGAAGCUCUCUGUCUUUGCUGAAACUUAUGAGAAUCAGACAAAGCUGGCCUUGAUGGGGACCUGGGGGACCGUGGGCCUCACCUACCCCAAGUUCUCUGAUGUCACCAGCAAGAUCAAACUACCCAAAGACAGCUUCCACCCAUCUGCUGGCUGGAACUGGGCUGGGGACUGGUUUGUGAGUCCUGAGAAAACGCUGCUUUACGAUGUGGAUGCUGGCCACCUGAGCUUCGUGGAGGAGGUAUUUGAGAAUCAGACUCGACUGCCUGGAGGCCAGUGGAUUUACAUGAGUGACAAUUACACAGAUGUGAAUGGGGAGAAGGUGCUUCCUAAGGAUGAUAUCGUCUGCCCUGUGGGGUGGAAGUGGGAAGAUGAAGAAUGGUCCACAGAUCUCAACCGAGCUGUUGAUGAACUAGGCUGGGAAUAUGGCAUCAUCAUCCCACCUGACUGUAAGCCAAGGAACUGGGUUCCAACUGAGAAGAUGUAUCACACCAGCCGCCGCCGCCGCUGGGUACGUCUUCGAAGGAGAGACGUCAACCAGAUGGAGGCGCUGAUAAAGCACAGAAAGGCAGAGUCGCAAGGCGAGGGAUGGGAGUAUGCGUCUCUCUUUGGCUGGAAGUUUCACCUGGAAUAUCGAAAGACAGAUGCCUUCCGCCGCCGCCGAUGGCGCCGUCGCAUGGAGCCCCUGGAGCAGACCGGGGCUGCCGCUGUCUUUGCCCUGGAAGGAGCCCUGGGCGGUGUAUUGGAUGACAAGAGUGAAGAUUCCAAGUCAGUCUCCACCUUGAGUUUUGGCGUCAACAGGCCCACCAUUUCCUGCAUCUUUGACUAUGGGAACCGCUAUCAUCUCCGCUGCUACAUGUACCAGGCACGAGACCUGCCCGCCAUGGACAAGGACAGCUUUUCUGACCCGUAUGCCAUCGUCUCCUUCCUCCAUCAAAGCCAGAAGACGGUGGUGGUGAAGAAUGCAUUGAAUCCCACCUGGGACCAGACGCUCAUCUUCUACGAGAUUGAGAUCUUCGGAGACCCCAAGACUGUCUCAGAGAACCCCCCCAGCAUUGUGGUGGAGUUGUACGAUCAUGACACCUAUGGUGCUGAUGAGUACCUAGGACGCUGCAUCUGCCGACCGAGCCUGCACCGGGCGCCACGGCUGACGUGGUUCCCCAUUGUGAGGGGAAACCGGCCUGCUGGGGAGCUGCUUGCAGCCUUUGAACUCAUCCAGAGGGAGAAGCCGGCAAUCCAUCACAUCCCUGGUUUUGAGCCGGACGAGAUCUCUGUCGUCGCAGAUGAGACUGAAGACACAGACCUUCCAUACCCUCCUCCCCAGAGAGAGGCAAACAUCUACGUGGUCCCCCAAGGCAUCAAACCCGUUCUUCAGAGAACAGCCAUUGAGAUCCUGGCCUGGGGCCUCCGGAAUCUGAAGAGCUACCAGCUGGCCAGCGUCACGUCCCCAAGCUUGGUAGUGGAGUGUGGGGAUCAGGUCGUUCAGUCCUGCGUCAUCAAGAAUAUCAGGAAGAACCCCAACUUUGAUGUCAACACCCUCUUCAUGGACGUGCACCUGCCUCGGGAGGGGCUGUACUGCCCACCCAUCAUCAUCAAGGUCAUCGACAACCGCCAGUUUGGACGGCGGCCUGUGGUGGGCCAAUGCACAAUUCAUUCACUGGAGCAGUUUCUGUGUGACCCGUACUCGUCCGAGAACUCCCCUCCUGAGACAAGCUCUGAUGACAUUAGUCUUCCGACCCCCCGGGAUGAAGUGCUGAUUGACAUUGAUGACAAAGAGCCUCUUAUCCCUGUCCAGUUUGCAGAUGGUAUGCUUGGCUCAGCCCCCAUUGACUUGUCGUCUUCUUCGUCUGGUGUCCAAGAGGAGGAGUUCAUCGAUUGGUGGAGUAAAUUCUAUGCCUCAACAGGAGAGAAUGAAAAAUGUAGAUCCUACCUGGAGAAGGGGUUUGACACUCUGGAGGUGUAUGAAACUGAGUUGGAGAAUGUGGAAGACUUUGAGGGUCUGUCUGACUUUUGUAACACCUUCAAACUAUACCGGGGGAAAUGCCAAGAGGAGAUGGAAGACCCAUCUGUAAUUGGGGAGUUCAAGGGACUGUUCAAAAUAUAUCCCCUUCCAGAAGACCCGGCUGUCCCAUUGCCCCCAAGGCAGUUUUACCAGCUGCCUGCCCAGGGGCCCCAGGAGUGUCUUGUCCGUGUUUAUAUCAUUCGAGCUUUUGGCCUGCAACCCAAGGACCCCAAUGGAAAGUGUGACCCUUACAUCAAGAUUUCUGCGGGGAAAAAAUCAGUGAAUGACCAGGACAACUACAUCCCCUGCACUCUGGAGCCUGUGUUUGGAAGGGUGUAUGAACUGACCUGCACCCUACCACUGGAGAAAGACCUCAAGGUCAUGCUAUAUGAUUAUGAUGUCCUCUCUAAGGAUGAGAAGAUUGGGGAGACGGUCAUCGACCUGGAGAACCGAUUCCUGUCCAAGUUUGGUGCACGAUGCGGUCUCCCCCAGACCUACUGCGUCUCGGGACCGAAUCGAUGGAGAGACCAGCUCCGCCCGACUCAGCUCCUGCAUCUAUACUGCCAGCAGAACAAGGCCAAAGCCCCCGUGUACCGCAACGACCGGGUGGUGUUCCAGGACACAGAGGUCACCCUCGAAGACAUCAAGAAUGGCAAGAUGGCGAAUCCUCACCUGGGUCCAGUGGAGGAGCAGCUGGCACUGGCUGUCCUGAGGCAGCAGGGCCUCGUCCCUGAGCAUGUGGAGAGCCGGUCCCUCUACAACCCUCUGCAGCCAGACAUUGAGCAGGGAAAGCUGCAAAUGUGGAUUGACCUAUUUCCAAAGGCUCUUGGAGCACCUGGACCUCCAUUUAAAAUUACCCCCCGCAAAGCCAAGAGGUUUCUCCUGCGAUGUAUUAUUUGGAACACCAAAGAUGUUAUCUUGGAUGACGUCAGCAUCACUGGGGAGAAGAUGAGUGACAUCUACGUGAAAGGUUGGAUGCUUGGCUUUGAGGAGCACAAGCAAAAGACGGAUGUUCACUAUCGCUCGCUGGGCGGAGAAGGCAAUUUUAACUGGCGGUUCAUCUUCCCCUUUGACUACGUGCCUGCUGAGCAAAUGUGCACGGUCACCAAGAAGGAGCACUUUUGGAGUCUGGACAAGAUGGAAUGCAAGAUGCCUGCCAAUGUCAUAUUCCAGAUCUGGGACAAUGACAAGUUCUCCUUUGAUGAUUAUUUGGGUUCAAUUCAGAUGGAUCUCCACCGGAUGCCCAAGCCAGCCAAGACUGCUGAGAAGUGCUCCCUGAACCAGCUGGAUGACGUCUUCCACCCAGAACACUUUGUGUCUCUUUUUGAGCAGAAGUCAGUCAAGGGCUGGUGGCCAUGCAUGGCUGAGCUGGGAGAGAAAAGGAUACUUGCGGGCAAGUUGGAAAUGACCUUGGAAAUUGUUCCUGAGUCAGAACAUGAAGAGCGGCCUGCUGGACUGGGCCGUGAUGAACCCAACAUGAACCCCAAGCUUGAGGAGCCAAAGCGGCCAGACACAUCCUUCCUCUGGUUCACAUCCCCGUACAAGACGGUGAAAUACAUUCUCUGGCGAAGGUUCAGGUGCUUUAUUGUGAUUGUCAUCAUCUUGUUCAUCCUGAUCCUCUUCCUAGGAAUCUUCAUCUACGCUUUCCCGAAUUAUGCUGCCAUGAAGCUGGUGAAACCGUUGAGCUAAUGGCUGGCCCACCUGCCUCUGGAGAUGCCCCCCGGAGGUGCAGCAUCCUGGGUCCCCAAGUCUCUCUUAACCACUGUCCAGCCCCUCUGACACCAAAACCCAGCCCCAGCUCGUCCAGGGAGUGGGAGCUGCCUCAGGCUUGAUGCACAGGCAGAUAGGAAGCGGUGGGAGGGCGGUCCCUCACCUCAGGACACCCAUGCACUGAAGGGUUCCUCUCUCCUGACAUCUCUAGCACUCCCCCUUUGGGUCACUUGGAUUUUUAGAACAAAAUGGAGUUUAAGUGGCCAAGGUGGAUCAUCUAGGGGUGUGUGUGUGUGUGUGUGUGUGUGUGUGUGUAGGUGCUUCUGUGUAUGUAUGUGUGUGUCUACCAUGAUGUUUUCUGGAGCAUGAGCCAAACCUGCCAGGAUGGAGAGGGUGAUAGAAUGGGGUCCUCCUUUCUUUUAAAACAGAGUAAGAGAGUGCAGGAGAGAGGGCCUGGGGGUGGGGAGGAAGAUGUGGCCUUCUUGAGACAUUGUCAAGACCCAGGUGUUGGACCCUGCUUUUCUCCUUCCUUCUUUGCCUCCUGGGGCUCCCUGGCCAUCCUCUCUUUCCUCUCCUCUCCUUUUUGCUGCUUUUACAAUCCCAGGAUCUCAGAGUUGGAAAGGACCCUGGUGGUCGUGCCGCCCAAACCGAAUGUAAGAAAGAAGCCCUUUCUCCCCCAUCCUCACCAGGGCUCGUCUCUGUCCCCACCUCCUCUCUCAAGCCCUCCCUUCAGCUUUUCCUCCCUUGUCAUCAAUGCCUUCUUUCCUGCCUGUGGAGUCAAAUAGAACCCCUGAUUUCUCCCCUCCUCCUCUCGCACCAUCCCUUCUCUCCCUCUCUGCCCAUUUCUUUCCUUCUCAGAAUCACAGAUAUCAGGGUUGGAAGGGACCUCAGAGAGCACCCAAAUCCCCCCUUUGACAGACAUGACACAAAGCCUACCGGUUGUUCAGCAAGCAUUCAUGAAGUGCCUGCUGCGACUGUGCGAGGUUUGGGGAUAUAAACUGUCAAGUCAAGAAGUAUUUAUCAUUAAGCACCUACUAUGUGCCAGGCACUGUUCUGAGAGCUGAAGAUACGAAGAAUUAAACCAUCCUUAAUCUCAAGAAGCUUGCCUCCCCUCUCACUCCCUGUCCCCUUUCCUUUUCUUUCACCCUGUCCUCUAUCUCCCCUCCUCUUUCUCCUUCUUCCUGUUCCUGCUUCCCCUUCUUCAUUCUGCUUCCUCUGCUCCUUCCUUUCACCUCCCCAUGCUGCCCCCCCAUCCUCUACACUCCUGGGCUUGGGCUUGGGACCUGAUGUCUCUUUUCUUGCUACUUGUCUCCCCUGGCCACCCACCCUCUUAGGACUACUUAGCCAUAGUUCAUUCUUCUCUGACAGGGUGUAUGGUCUAUGGAUCUGUGUGCGUGAGUUGGAACUCAGUUAGCACAGUGCUUGGCACAUAGGAACUUAAUAAAGGCUUGUUGAUUUGAUUUCUCGACAAGAAGGAGAAGGAAGAUUUUGGAGUAAGUGAACAACAGCUAACUUAGAAAGCAAACGGGGGUGGGAGGGGUCUCACUCCAUCUUCAUCCUUUGGAAUCCCCUUGUCUUGGCCAGAUGGAGGUGCAGGGGGCCUUGUCGAACAGGUGUGAUCCUUGGCACGCUCACUCCUGGAGGCUCACUCCAGUUCUUCAAGCUGACCACAAUUCUGUGACCCACAGGGGCAUCCCUGUGUCUGAACCAGAUGCUGUGUUUUAAGUCCCAGACAGCAGCACUCCGGGCAGGGUCUCUCUGCCUUUCUGAACAGCUCUGAACAAAAGGAGAUGCUUAAUAAAAGGCUUUUGGAUGACA